GCAGCCUCAUGGAGACCUCUCAGCAGCUCUUUGGUGAUAGUUUCUCCUAUGGGUGCUUGAUAAACAUCAAACCCUCCUUUGAAUCCUUUAGUAGCAGCUUUCGCCACUCCUUUGAUGGCAGCUCCUUCAUUGAAAUGGAUCCUGAUUUCUUUUCGAUGCGUUGGACAAGUGAUGCCCAUGACUUCACUCUCAAUCUCCUGAGCACCCAAUCUCCAGUCUCAGCCCAUGCAGACCAGAUCUUUUCUAAUGGCCACCUUCUGCAACUCCACAUCAACACCCCCCCACCUCAGAGUGAAGAAGGCCAUGAGUCUUUAGGCUCCAAUUUUAGCAGAUCUAAAUCUCUAGACUCAUCAAAAGCACUGCACUCUCGGAGCAAUCGAUUCCAGUCGCGGUGUGUCUAUGCAGCUCCAAGUAGACCUGCUUCCUCAAACUCUUCGCCUCUCUUCCAUUCAGCAGAGAGCACACCAGUUUCGAUGAGUUCAUGUUCAUCCAAGAGUGUUGCUUCAAGAAGUGGCAAGUUUAAGUCAUCUUUCUUCAAGAAUUGUACGAGAUCUCCGAAGAAAAUUUUAUGGAAGUACUUGUGCUUUCUCAUGCCCUUGUAUAAGAAGGUGAAGGGGUUGAGCUUGACUUCACCAAAGUCGGUGAGGAGCUGCAGGAAUUCAGUUGGAAAUUCUCCAAGGAUGACUACUGCUUGCUCAAGCAUAGAAUGGCACUGUGGAAAUGCUGAUAGCUCAAUCUAUGAUGCAAUUCUUCACUGCAAAAAAUCCAUUGGACAGGCUUCAUAAUGGAGGCAGGAGAGAGGAAACCAGGGGACAAGAAGAAUCCUGCAAGGAUAGCAAUAAUAUACGAUUUCUCUUUUUGGUUUUUUAUCUUCUAAUGUAAAGUCACAGAAAGCUUUGUAGAUGCAGAGCUUUUCAGGAAAGAGAGAAAAAAGGUUUCUUGUAUCUGCUUCUUGGGAAAAGUUUAAGUAAAAGGAAGGAAAUCUUUU